UAGAGAGCCGGGACUUGCAUAAUUUUGUAGAGUAACGUCCAAACUAUCUACGCAUGCAAAAAAAUUACUAACAUUGUAUGUUAGUUUUCUGAGAACGGAGCUGGUUUUCCAAAGAUCCUCUGGAAACCGGAUCUCUGGAAUUUUUUCAAAAGUUGUUUCCGCUUGUGAAACGUUCUGCUCAAGUCUUGGCUAUUGAACAGUGAAAAUCGCAGGUCUCUAUCUCAUUCCUAUCAAAAGUUAUUCAAAAAAUGCCCGCGGGUCUUGUAUUUUGGAAUGGAUAGUAGGCUAACGUCACUUAAUUGUAGUUAUCAGCAGAUUCGAGUGUUUUAGAGCUAAUUUAUGAAUCGCUCUAAUGGAGAUAAGAUGGAAAAUUUAGUAUUUUGACCUAAUAUUUGCCUCACCAAUUUCAAAAAACAGGUGUGCCCAAUGUAAUUCGUCGAUCUCUAUGCAACAGUAACUGUCACAUUAAGACCUGGUGAGCUUCCUAGAGAGGAUUAGCUUUUCUAGCAAAAACUCAACCUAGUUUGACCUAAUAUUCGUUUCUACAGCUAUGUGAAGUCUGGAAAUAAGUGUUUCAGAUAUAACUAGACAAACUCUUACCAGCGGUAUAUUAAUUUAAACGGUGCAUUUCAAGAAGUCAAAUUGAACAAGUUGGUCUGAAAAUAAGAUCAAUCAAGUGAAAUUGUUGUCCUAAAAACUUUCUUUACACAGAACAAAAGAGAACAUCACCGUAGAGGAAAAAAACGAAAAAACAUUGAAAACGAAACACACUGAAAAACAAAAGGCAUUGAAAAAGAAAAAACACUAAAAAAGAAAAGGCGUUGAAAAAGAAAAAAACCAUUAAAAAAGAAAAGACAUCAAAAACGAAACACUUCAGAACAUUAUUUCUACAACCAUAAAAGAAAAAGAAAUAAAUAAACAAGAAGCUUCAUUUAUGUACUUUCAAUUAUUAACUGAAAUCUUAAUUGGAAUGGAACUUAAAGAUGAUGAAAAAACUAAUAUGAUUAAUCACUGUCGAUUACAAUAUAUUGGUAAUGACAUAGAUUUGAAGCAAAUCGAUGAAUUUGAGAAGACUUACAGUCCAACCAAAGCCGUAUGGUGGUACACAAGACAUUGCUUUUUAUACGAAAUAUUGAAUAAAGCACUUCGAAUUCAAGACAUUGAUAUUCUGUUUCGAUACCGCUUCUUUUUAACUGAUAUUCACAAUCAAAUAAAACAAUUGCAUUCAGAGUUUAAUCAAUCACUAUCAACACAAAAUAACGACAAUACAGAAAGAAAACUGACUGUGUAUCGUGGCCAAGUUUACCACCACAAAGGUGAAUAUGACAAAGCAUUAGAAUACUAUGAAAGGACAUUAGAAAUCGAGUUGAAUUCAUUACCGUCAAAUCAUCCACCAUUAGCAACCACAUACUCCAGAAGACACAUGAAAUUAACAGCAGUACCAUCAAAUCAUUCACGAUUAACAACUGCAUACUGUAACAUUGGAGCAGUUUGCUAUGAGAAAUAUGAAUACCACAAAGCAAUAGAAUAUUACGAAAAGCCACUUGAUCUUCAGUUGAAGUCACUACCAUCAAAUCAUCCACGAUUAGCAACUACCUACUGUAGCAUUGGACUCGUUUAUCACGAGAACGGUGAAUACGACAAAGCACUAGAAUAUUACGCAAAGACACUGAAUAUUCAGUUAAAGUCAUUACCAUUAAAUCAUCCACGACUAGCAACUACCUACUGUAGCAUUGGACUAGCUUACCACAAGAAAGGUGAACACGAUAAAGCAUUAGAAUAUUAUGAACAGACAAGUGAUAUUCAGUUAAAGUCGUUACCAUCGAAUCAUCCACGAUUAGCAACUACAUACUGUAGCAUUGGACCAGUUUACCACGAGAAAGGUCAAUACGAUAAAGCAUCAGAAUACUAUGAAAAGGCCCUUGAUAUUCAGUUAAAGUCACUGCCAUCAAAUCAUCCACGAUUGGCAACUACACAUUGUAACAUUGCAGCAGCUUCCUAUGCCAAAGGUGAAUACGAAAACGCAUUACAAUAUUAUGAAAAGGCCCUUGACAUUCAAUUAAAAUCAUUACCACCAAAUCAUCCACGAUUAGCAACCACAUACUGUAACAGUGGAGCAGUUUAUUCUAAGGAAACCGAACGCCAUAAAGCAUUAGAAUAUUAUGAAAAGGCCCUUGAUAUUCAGUUAAAGUCAUUACCAGCAACUCAUCCAUCACUAGCAAAUACAUACUGUAGCACUGGAGCAGUUUCCUAUGAGAAAGGUGAAUAUGAUAAAGCACUAGAAUAUUAUGAAAAGGCACUUAAUAUUCAGUUAAAGUCAUUACCAUCAAAUCAUCCAGCACUAGCAACUACAUACUGCAGCAUUGGAGCAGUUUCCUAUGAGAAAGGUGAAUAUGAUAAAGCAUUAGAAUAUUAUGAAAAGACACUUAAUAUUCGGUUGAAGUCAUUACCAUUAAAUCAUCCAUCACUAGCAACUACAUACUGUAGCAUUGGAGCAGUUUCCUAUCGAAAAGGCGAAUACGACAGAGCACUAGAAUAUUAUGAAAAGGCACUUAAUAUUCGGUUGAAGUCAUUACCAUCAAAUCAUCCAUCACUAGCAACUACAUACUGUAGCAUUGGAGCAGUUUCCUAUGAGAAAGCAUUAGCAGUUACACACUGUAACACUGGAGCAGUUUUCUAUGAAAAAGCUGAAUUUGAUGAAGCAUUAGAAUAUUAUGAAAAGACACUUAAUAUUCAGUUGAAGUCAUUACCAUCAAAUCAUCCAUCACUAGCAACUACAUGCUGUAGCACUGGCGCAGUUUCCUCGAAGGAAGAGCAGUAUGAAAAGACCCUUGAUAUUCAGUUGAAGUCAUUACCAUCAAAUCAUCCGUCGUUAGCAACUACAUACUGUAAGAUUGGAGAAGUUUGCUAUGAGAAAGGUAAAUACAAUAAAGCGUCAGAAUAUUAUGAGAAGACACGUGAAAUUCAGUUGAAGUCGGUGCCGUUAAAUCGGCCACGAUUAGCAACUACAUACUGUAACAUGGGAGCAGUUUCCUAUGAGAAAGGUGAAUACGAUAAAGCACUAGAAUAG